AUGGUAAUCAUGUCGCUGAAGUCGUUACUGUCAACACCGUUACUUCGAGCAGCGAAGAUUAAUGAGUCCAUUUAUGACGGUGUGAUUCUCGUCACAAGUUGUGCAAAGAUCGUUGCUGAAUUACCUCCACUGAAAGAACUCUCAGCGGCUGUAUUGGACUUCAUNCUUAUUCAUCGCGGAGCGCUAACGUCUGCUAACUUAAUCCCGGUCGAUAAAAAAAUAGUGCCUUCGGGACGACUCGUUCUUGCUGGAACUGGCCCUGUGACAAGAGAUAUCGAUGAUGUGCGUCGUUUUCAAACUGCGGCGAAAAACGGCGUGAAACUAGCUUUAUCGUCCGGAAUCAAAUCUCCGUUGUUGGUAACCGCACCACAUCCAAACUAUCCCCAGGCGGAGCUCGUCUCUGCACUGGGUGCUCUUAUCCCACUCUAUACACCUUUGAACGUUCGUGAAGAGGAAGAGCCGAAUAAGUUUGAUAAACUCGGAUUACUGCCGGUAAGUACAUAUCAUUCGUCUAUUGUCACAGUUCAACGUUUUUUUUUCGAAAAAAAAAAAACACGGUCAAGAGUGCUUCUCUUGUUACCCUGA